GGUCACUCUACUAUCCUCGAGACAAGCUCAAUUGCCAUCUCCCCAAGAAACCUCUACCAACACACUACACAAACCGCCAUCAUGCCCGGAAAAGUGUAUGCACUCCCUUGUUACACACUGUCUAUGAGAAUGAUACUAAUCAAAUCUCACAACAGCGGCUGCUGCGAAAUCAUCAUCGCCUUCUUCCUCCCCUUCGUGGGUGUCUUCAUGCGCACCGGAUGCAGCUGUGAUCUCCUCAUCAACAUCUGUCUGUGUAUCCUGGGUUGGGUACCAGGUGUCAUCCACGCCUAGUAUGUGUUGCUGCCCUUUCCUCCCGCCUUACAUUCAACCGAAAACAACAAAAGCUGACGUGUGUCAUAGCUACAUCCUGGCCAACAAAUAAGCACCUCAAUUGACACCGACAUCUGUCUCCUGAUGUGUUGUUGGUCGGCUCGGUAAAAUUCGCAACCCGGGCUAUCUCCAUUACGGGCGCUCUCGGCGUAUCGACG